CAGCCUUCGAUAGAAGUAAUCAUUUUGCAAUCAUUAUUCACUGUCAUGAUGACUUUGUGUUCUGCUUGGGUAAUCUGCACUCGUAGCCAGCCCUCCCUCAAUAUUGAGUUCAAGAAGAAGCUCUAUGAAUGAGCUCGAACGACGUCAGGAAACACCUCCGGUACAAGAAUUGAACAACGGGGGACUCCGAUUGCAUCUGGAAGGCUGGAAGUAUAGCGGCCUGGUUCGCGUCGGGUGUCAUCCUCGCGACACGGAUCGACGCUCGCCGAAAAGAGAACCUUCGGGAACAAAAGCAUUACCGUGCGCAGUAUAAUAUAUAUCAUGUGCACGAGGAACCGUUCCGAAAAACCGAAAGCGACGCAACGUUGAUUCUUACCGUCGCCAGUAUACGCGGAUGACACGCGCCAUCGGCGUAAAUAUUGAAACAAGUGACGUAAUAUUAGUUGGCGCGAGGCAUGAUAAUAAGCAGGGACGUCGUCGUUGCUCGUCGGCGCACCUCGCGAUCAGAUAAAGCCGCUCGAAAUUGUUCCCCGUUUCGAGGUCGACGCACCGCUCGCGUAUCUGCCGCGGAGGAGCCCGAUAAAAGGUUCAGUCCGGAUCCGCCGUCGUUGCCGGCCUGCCGUUGCAUUCCCGAAUCCCCGCCGGCGGAAACGCACGGAAUGGAGGCGGAGCAUAGACUGGAGCAGUUAAAGAGGGCGACGGACAGAAUACAAAGGGAAAUUGAAGAAGUCACCGAGAGGGAACACGAACUGCGGAACGUGGGUAGCAUUAAAACCACAUCCCACGAGACGGUAGACUUCAAGGUGCGCCGUAUGCCACAAGCUCUGUCUUCGGGAAAACUGAAAAGAACAACGUCCACGCCGCAGAUACUGGAAGCAGUUAGCCCGACGUCGUUAUCGCCAAACUUGACGCCAAAGAUGACGAACGGCGUGAUAUCUACGCGGACUACACCGACCCCACUGCGCUUUGCGACCAUACCAAGCCAGAAGGGUUUGAUGCAUAGGUUUCUAGCUACACGGGGAAAACUCUAUAAGAACAAUUCGCCGAACGACGACAGUUUGAAUUCUCCUAUAACGCCCGUUAUCACGCUCAAUCCCCUAAGUAUUAAAGCUUUUAAUAGAACACUGGAAAUACCAUUGGAGCCGGACGACACCGACGGGCCACAGAAACCGUUAACGAGGAAAGGAUAUGUUCCUGUCGAGCAAAAGAUUCAAAAAGAGCUGCAUGAUAUGAAAGAGCGGGAGAACGAAUUAAGAUUGAUGAGAUCGCAAAUGUUGGCAAAGUCUCAGCCGAAUCUACUUGACAUAGGAAAUGACAACGAUUCCGAUAUUUACGAUGGCUCCAGUUCUCUUAGAAGUGGCACUUCCACUAAUACCUUGAAUGAAGAUGAAAUCGAAAGAGAACAUAAAGGAAAACACAAGCCUAAUCCACGACGUCGUAACACGCUGAUCGCGCAAUGGGAGAAUCUGAUAGCCGCCAAGAGAGAAGCUAUUGAGAAUAAUAAUGAGAAAGAUAAUUAUUUUUAAAAGUUCUACAAUUUGCGGACAACAACACCGUCUUU